AUGGCAGAGACAAAGUGCUCUUCACAGCCUGAAAUAGAGGAAGCAAGUGAUUCAGAUACUUCAUUGAAUGUCAACGGCGGCGAUGCUAAGAUGGGACUUUCAUUGUAUCUCUGCUUGGCUUCACUAACCCUCGUACUGUUUAUAACUGCGCUAGAUAUUUUGAUAGUGGGAACUAUCAUUGACGUAGUAGCUAAGCAGUUCGGGAAUUACUCAAAAACUGGAUGGCUUGUUACGGGCUAUAGUUUACCCAAUGCCGUUCUGAGCCUACUUUGGGGACGGUUUGCCUCAAUAAUCGGUUUUCAGCAUAGUCUCAUUCUGGCAGUUCUUAUUUUUGAAGCUGGAUCUCUGGUUGCUGCCCUUGCAAAUUCCAUGAAUAUGUUAAUUGUAGGUAGGGUUGUUGCUGGUGUUGGAGGAAGUGGACUUCAAACGCUUUGUUUCGUCAUUGGAUGUACAAUGGUUGAUGAGAGAUCCAGACCGCUGGUGAUCUCUAUCCUAAGUUGUGCAUUUGCCGUCGCAGCUAUUGUUGGUCCUAUAAUCGGAGGUGCAUUUACAACUCAUGUUACCUGGAGAUGGUGCUUUUAUAUAAAUCUCCCCAUUGGUGGUCUGGCUGUUAUCAUGUUUUUACUUACUUAUGAUGCUAAGAAUGAUGGCAUAAUCCAACAAAUGAAAGGUGCUUUGAGGAAAAUUUCUGGAUUUGAAUUUAGCAGGUUGAAAAAGCCAGGAAAUCUGAGGAAGGCCAUAAAUUGUUUGAUUUUCAAAUUUGACUUCUUCGGAUUUGCUCUUAGCUCCACUGGAUUGGUUCUCUUCUUACUGGGUCUAACGUUCGGGGGCAAUAAGUAUACUUGGAGCUCUGGUCAGGUUAUCACGUACCUGGUUUUGGGGAUUGUUCUCUUUAUUUUUUCUCUCGUUUACGAUUUCUUUUUGUUCGACAAAUUCAAUCCUGAGCGUGAUAACAUAAGCUACAGACCUCUCUUUCUGAGAAGACUGGUAGCUAAGCCAGCUAUCAUAAUAGUAAAUAUGGUAACAUUUCUAUUAUGUACCGGCUAUAAUGGACAAAUGAUAUACUCUGUCCAGUUUUUCCAGCUUAUAUUUGCGUCGAGCGCAUGGAAAGCGGGUCUGCACUUAAUACCGAUUGUUAUUACCAACGUUAUUGCAGCCAUUGCUAGCGGUAUAAUUACAAAAAAGCUUGGUUUGGUUAAACCACUUUUGAUAUUCGGAGGCUUUCUUGGUGUUAUUGGCGCAGGGCUUAUGACACUGAUGAAAAAUAACUCAACGAGCUCAACUCAAAUUGGUGUUUUGAUAUUACCGGGGUUUUCUCUUGGAUUUGCCCUGCAAGCAUCGCUUAUGAGUGCGCAACUCCAAAUCAACAAAGACCGUCCAGAAACUCCUAUGGACUUCAUUGAGAUAACGGCCUUCAAUACAUUCAUGAAAUCAUUAGGCACAACUCUUGGUGGUGUGCUUUCAACGACUGUUUUUUCCACUUCUCUUCACAACAAAGUGUCCCAUGUUCAUCUGGAGCCGUAUGCAGGAAAGACAGUAGAUGAAAUGAUUUUAUAUCGUCUCCACAAUUUUGACGGUGCUCAUUCGACAAUCGGAAACAUUUUAGGGGCAUCGAUUAAGAACGUAUUCUGGAUGGAUUUAGGAUUUUAUGCUCUAGGAUUUGUCUUUUGUGUUUUCUCAUCCAAUAAGAGGUUGAUCAUACCAAAGAAAGAACCAAAUUCUGAAGCGAAUAUAGAGGUCAAGUAG